UACUUGAUUAAGAAGCAUGGGUAGACCACCGCCACAGCACAGGCUCUGAAACCCAAAAGUACAUACUGUUGCUCCAACACAAUUGAAGCAGCAUGUCGUGGCUCUUCGGCUGGUGGAGGGGCUCCGGUUCGCCGACGUUGGAGGAGCAGGUAACGGCUGCAGCAGCUGAAGGAGCCGGGGGAGCAGCAGGAGGUUCAGGGGGAGGUAGACCCGGGGACAAGUGGAGCAACUUCGACCCGACUGGGCUGGAGAGAGCUGCAAAAGCUGCAAGGGAGCUCGACAAAUCACGUCAUGCCAAAGAAGCGCUUGGUUUGGCUCGUAUGCAGGAGCAGACUGUACAGCUGGAGCAUGAGAGUAAAUUGAAAGAAUAUGAGGCUGCUGUGGAGCAGUUAAAGGGCGAGCAGAUACAACUCCAGGCCGAAGAGAGACGCAAAACACUGGUAGAGGAGACAAAGCAGAACCAGGCGAGGGCACAAUAUCAAGAUAAGCUUGCCAGACAGAGAUACGAUGAACAGCUCAGGCAACAGCAAUUUCUCAAUGAGGAGAGCCUUCGCAAACAAGAGGAGUCAGUCCUAAAACAGGAGUCCAUGAGAAAAGCUACCAUUCAACAUGAAAUGGAGCUGAGACACAAGAAUGACCUGCUCCGUAUUGAAGCGGAGGCCAAGGCCAGAGCCCAGGUGGAGAGGGAGAACGCAGACAUCAUCAGGGAACAGAUCCGCCUGAAAGCUGCUGAACACAGACAAACUGUCCUUGAAUCUAUAAAGACGGCAGGAGUUGUGUUUGGGGAGGGAUUCAGAGCUUUCAUCUCCGAUGGGGACAAAGUCACAGCCACGGUUGCUGGGUUGACUCUGUUGGCAGCAGGAGUGUAUUCUGCAAGGAAUGCAACAGCUGUAGCAGGUCGCUUCAUAGAGUCUCGUCUGGGGAAACCAUCACUGGUCCGAGAGACCUCCAGAAUAACUGUUGUGGAAGGCAUCAAACACCCAAUCACGACAACCAAGCGUCUGAGAAGCAGACCUCAGGAUGCCUUGGAGGGCGUGGUGCUCAGUGCCAAUUUGGAGGAACGAGUAAGGGACAUUGCCAUCGCCACUCGUAACACCAGGCAGAACAAAGGCUUGUACAGAAACAUCCUGAUGUACGGACCCCCUGGAACUGGAAAAACACUCUUUGCUAAGAAACUGGCUCUCCAUUCAGGGAUGGACUAUGCCAUCAUGACAGGUGGGGACGUGGCACCCUUGGGGCGCGAUGGAGUCACUGCCAUGCACAAGGUGUUUGACUGGGCCAGCACCAGCAGGCGAGGCGUCUUGCUCUUCGUGGAUGAAGCCGAUGCGUUCCUGCGUAAGCGAUCCACAGAGAAAAUCAGUGAGGACCUCAGAGCCACCCUGAAUGCAUUCCUCUACCGCACUGGGGAGCAGAGCAACAAGUUCAUGCUGGUGCUUGCUAGUAACCAGCCAGAACAGUUCGACUGGGCCAUUAAUGACCGCAUCGAUGAGAUCGUAAACUUUGGGUUACCUGGUCAAGAAGAGAGGGAAAGAUUGGUGCGCCUGUAUUUCGACAAAUUUGUGCUGGGUCCUGCCACUACGGGGAGACAGAGAUUAAAGUUGGCUCAGUUCGACUAUGGCCAGAAGUGUUCAGAAAUUGCAGUGCGAGCAGAAGGCAUGUCUGGUCGUGAAAUCUCCAAACUUGGUGUGGCCUGGCAGGCUGCCGCAUACUCCUCUGAAGAUGGAGUUUUGACCGAAGCAAUGAUUGACUCAAGAGUUGAGGAUGCCGUCAAGCAGCAUGCACAGAAAAUGGACUGGCUGCUUAUGGAAGCAGGUGCGGGUGUCGGCAAGUUCGGUGUAAUUGUCCCCAAGAAAAUGGCUGCAGAAGUCACAGCCCAGGAAGCUGCUCCUCUUGCACCAACCGAAGAUACAACACCAACUAUACAACAAGUCCUUCCCCUCAUCAAUGUUGUGGGCAGCGCUGCCCAGGCAGAAGCAGCCGCUCUGCCUACAGAAUUAGAGGCAGAAGCUAUCCUUAAAGAAGCAGCCACUUUGGUUAAAGAAAGUGAAGCUAUUGCUGUAGGAACUCCAGGCUUGCAUGAAACCGUUGAAACCAUUGUUGAAACAGCUUCUGCUUCCCCGUUGGUGCAAGAGGUUGAAGCCAUUAAGGACCUAACUGAGGAGGUUGUUGGCACAGCUGUAGCUACAGACACUGUGGUCCCUGAGGGGAAAGAUGUAGUAGCUGAUGUUAUAGGGACCGAAAGUGUACCUGCUUCUAGCGCCGAAGAGACCGUUGCUGUGAGUAAAGAGAAGCCCUCUGCUGAUGUAGCUGUGCAAGAGACUGAGGCCAUUGAAGCAGUCAAGGAGGAAAAGGAUGUUCUAGCACACUCGGAAACGACAGUCGCUGCUGUUGCUCAGGAGGAGAAAUUAGAUGCCGUCGUCUCUAAUGUUGUCCAGGAACAAGAGGCUACAGUCGUUGAAGUGUCCCAAGAGACUGUUGUCCAAGAAACUGAGUCCGCCACCGUUGCUGGUGUAGACUCUGAAGCCACUAAAGCUGCCGAGGACGUAGCAACUGAUGCAACAAAGGUUGCAGAAGAAAUCGCAAGCAACGUGGCUCAAGUGUCUGAGUCCCUGGCAAAUAUUGCCAAAGAGGCUGAAGUAAUAGCGAGUGAUGUGGCCAGGGUUGCUGAUGCCGUAGCAACCGUCAGUGAGGAGAUUGAGGCAGCAGUCACCAAGGAGGUCGAAGCGCUGGAAAGUUCGGAUGUCAAGGACUCAAAUGAGGUUUUGGGGGAAAGUGUGUCUGAAACAUUAGAGAUUACUAAAGAGGCCCAAGGGGUUGUGACAAAUGUGAUCAAGGAGUCCGAGAUUCUUGCUACAGAGCUUGUUAAGGAGGUCGAACCUGUGAUGGCUGAAACUGAAGCCAAGGAAGCUGAAGUAACAUCUGCUGAAGUUUCCGAGGAAGCUGAAGUAACAUCUGCAGAAGUUUCCAAGGAAGCUGAAGUCAUAGCUGCAGAAGUUUCCAAAGAAGAGGCGAAGCCAGCAGCGGUCUCCAAGGAAGCCGAGGUAAUGCCAGAAGAGGUAACCAAGGCAGCCGAAGUCACAACUGAAGAGGUAACCAAGGCAGCCAAAGUCACAACGGAAGAGGUAACCAAGGCAGCCGAAGUCACAACGGAAGAGGUUACCAAGGCAGCCGAAGUCACAACGGAAGAGGUAACCAAGGCAGCCGAAGUCACAACGGAAGAGGUUACCAAGGAAGCUGAAGUCCUGACAACCAAGGAGGCUGACACUGUCACUACAGAAGAUGUGAAACUUACCGAGACUACUGAGGUUGGCGCCCAAACAAGUUCAGCCACUGAGAAAUCGGCUGCAUCUCAGACAAGCACUGAAGAAGUAGAAACUGAGAAGCCUGUUUCAAAUGAACAAAGUAGGGACGACAAGGACAAACCCCAAGCCAAGCCUAGUCCAAAAAAAUGAUCACUUGAAACUGCUGUAAACACUGAGCUUAUGUGUGAAACACUUACUUUGUAGUCUGUCUGCUCUUCUAUCGAAAUGUUUAACACAAUUACUGUGGAUGCCAACAUGGUAAUAGUUUCAUUGUGGCCUGUAAGUUUGCAAGAAUCUGAGUAAAAGCAUUUGUGGACCACUUCAA